AUGACUGAACUAUCUAUUCCUUUAACAGAGAGAAAGCAAUCUUUACAAUCACAUUCUAGAGCUGUUGGAGCGUUCCCAUCACUAGAUGAGAAUGAAGAAUUAGAAGGCCUGAAGCAGGAACCAAGUUCAAAUCACAUCAUGGAUUCAUCAAGCCAUGAGUCUGAUGAAAUGUCUGCUCCUGAGUCUAUACAUGAAUUCACAGCAGCUAAUGAUUUCAAAUCUCAGAUCUGUGAAUAUCAAAAGAAUAUUCAAAGAGCUAUGGAUACUAAGGUAGUAACUAUAUUUAAUGACAUUAAUUACUAA